UUAGAAGCCUACAAAUUAAACCAAAGUUCUUUAAUCAAAGACUACAUGCCUAAACUUGUACAAGUUGUAUCCCUCCACCCGCACUUGCAGAGAGUGGCACAUCAACCAAAUGGAGAAGAAAAGCAAAGCCAAAAGAGUCCAUUGUUUGGUCCUAGCAUAUCCAGCUCAAGGUCACACCAACCCCAUGCUUCAAUUCUCCAAGCUUCUUCAACAUGAAGGUGUGAGAGUAACAUUUGUCAGCACCGUUUUCCAUUGCAAGAACAUGAAGAAACUGCCACCUGGCAUUUCACUUGAGACCAUUUCAGAUGGUUUUGACAGUGGCAGGAUUGGAGAAGCAAAGAGCUUAAGGGUCUAUUUGGAUCAAUUUUGGCAAGUUGGGCCAAAGACUCUUGUUGAGCUUCUUGAGAAGCUUAAUGGAUCAUCAGGGCACCCUAUUGAUUGUCUUGUUUAUGAUUCAUUCAUGCCUUGGGCUCUGGAAGUUGCAAGGAGUUUUGGGAUUGUUGGGGUUGUUUUUCUCACUCAAAAUAUGGCUGUGAAUAGUAUAUACUAUCAUGUCCACUUGGGAAAGUUGCAAGCUCCCCUCAAAGAGGAAGAGAUUUCUCUUCCUGCUCUGCCCCAACUUCAACUUGGGGACAUGCCUUCUUUCUUUUUUAACUAUGUUGAGCAUCCUGUUUUUCUUGAUUUCUUAGUAGGUCAGUUUUCUAACAUUGACAAAGCUGAUUGGAUCCUCUGUAAUUCCUUCUACGAGCUGGAGAAAGAGGUGGCUGAUUGGACGAUGAAGAUCUGGCCAAAACUUAGGACAAUAGGACCAUCCAUUCCAUCCAUGUUUUUAGACAAGCAAACCCAAGAUGAUGAAGACUAUGGUGUUGCACAAUUCACAAGUGAAGAAUGCAUAAAAUGGUUAGAUGAUAAGAUAAAAGAGUCUGUUAUUUAUGUUUCUUUUGGGAGUAUGGCAAUACUUAGUGAGGAGCAAAUAGAAGAACUAGCUUAUGGUUUAAGAGAUAGUGAAAGUUACUUCUUGUGGGUGGUUAGAGCUUCUGAAGAGACUAAACUCCCUAAAAACUUCGAAAAGAAGUCAGAGAAAGGCUUGGUAGUGUCAUGGUGCUCCCAGCUAAAAGUUUUAGCACAUGAGGCCGUAGGGUGCUUUGUAACACAUUGUGGUUGGAACUCUACAUUAGAAGCUUUGAGCUUGGGAGUUCCAAUGGUUGCAAUACCACAAGAGGCUGACCAAAGCACUAAUGCCAAGCAUAUUGAAGAUGUUUGGAAGGUGGGAAUCAAAGCUUCAGUUGAUGAAAAACAUGUUGUGAGACGAGAAGUGUUGAAGCGUUGUACAAGGGAAGUAAUGGACAGUGAAAGAGGCGAAGAGAUGAAGAGAAACGCCAUGCAGUUGAAGACUUUGGCUGCAAAUGUUGUUGGUGAGGGUGGAAGUUCUCAUAGAAACAUUACUGAAUUUGUGAAUAGCUUGUUCCAUUUGUAAUUAAUGCACUCAACCUCAAAUUACUUCUUAUUUACUCAGUCA